AUGGUAUACAGAGGAAAGCCUAGUGCAGGGUGUGUCUCAUGUCGGGGUCGGCGUCUAAAGUGCGAUCGGCGUCUGCCAUCAUGCUCGCAAUGCCUUCGAAUAAAACGGGAAUGCUCCGGUUACCGAGACCUCACAGUCCUGCGAAUUCUUGACCAGAGCGAGGAGGUCGUUGUGAAGGCCCGACCCCGGCAUCCUGUCGCCUCGAGACCCCCGACGCCGUCUCUCGCAGACCGGGAAAUACCAGUGAGCUUAGUACCUAUGCCGAGUUCAAUAGACGAACGGGCGACGUCGUAUACCUUUACAUAUUACGUUGGAACCGGCCGAAGCCAGGGUCUGCUUCCGUAUUUACCAGGGCUGCUGGGAAAAGACCCCUCCCCAGCCCUUCAAGCCUCGAUUAAGGCUGUAGGGCUGGCAAGCAUGUCCAGGGUCCGCGUGUCGCAGGAUUUGAUGUGCUCAGCCCGACAUGAAUACAGCGCAGCCUUGCUCACUAUUAACAGCGCACUGCAGGACCCAACUCUAGCCAAGUCAGACUCCACCCUGGCGGCCGUGGUAUUGCUUAGCAUGUAUGAGGUUAUAACAUGCCGCAGCUCAAAUAUGAUGGGUCGCUGGUUGAACCAUGUCAAAGGGGCAAUGUCACUUCUUGAGCUACGGGGCAUGAAACAAUUAGAAACCCCAGCCGGACUAGAGCUAUUCACAUUGAUUCGCAUGCAGAUCGCCAUCAGCAACAUAUUCUACAGAAACAAAAGCUCACCCGAGAUAGCCAAAUUGUCGAAAGCGGCGAAGUCCUACCGCGACAGCAAAUCUCAGGGAAUUGAAGAUUUUAUUGACAUAUUGGUGCGGGUGGGCGACCUCUCCGUUGAGAUCGAGGACACUUGCACCAAGAGAAAUUCUAUCGGUGAUCUGGCAUUCUUCAUCCGAAAGGCGCUCCAUUUAGACACCGAUCUUGUCUCGUGGGCCCUCUCCACAGACCCUACUUGGCGCUAUGAGAUUAUCGAGGCACCAGAUCACACAUACCAUUCCACUUACAGUGACAGGAAAUUCCCCGAGAGCCAGCAGACGAUGUUACAGUCCAUCGUGAUCAACAAUAUUAUGGCGGAAGAUAUCUGCGCUAGUGUGCCAUACCAUUUCACUUCGGGUGAGGUGGGAUUCGGGGGUGUAUUCCGGCUGCUUUGGCCAUUAUUCAUCGCGGCAGACUAUGCUGGGUCAACGCUUAGAAUGAAAGACUGGAUCUUCCAAACUCUUCGUACAAUUGGAAACACCAUGGGCAUCCAACAGGCGCUCGUGAUGUCUCGGUUUGUGAAAGAAGGGCAUUUCUUGGAUUUAAUUCCGGGGGAGCCGACAAGAAAGACACAUCAAUCCGAACCAUGA